AUGCUUCGUCGUAGAAUUCAUGAAAUUUUGUCUCGAAAAUUUCCAAAAUGGGUUUUUGAAGAAAGAUUAGAGCCUCUGGACUGGUCAUUCUUGCCAGUUGAAAUUCGAAGGGAAGUUGUUAAGCACACUGAUUUUCAGACAAGAUGCCGUUUACGCCAAUGCUCUCUGCAAGAUCAACAGAUUGUGGAUUCGCUUUUAAUUGAGCUUCCUUUUGUGAGAAUUGAAACCGACAAGAACUACGUUUCAGUGCUCAUUUGUGAGAGUAAAACCAGCAUUUUGAGAAUUGACUUGGCGAAAAGAAAAAUACGAUUGAGAAAGAAAUUUGUGAUGAAUAUAAGCGACAAUAUUCUUGGAAAAAAUGCAAAGGAAGUUCAAAUAAAUCACGAAUUCGACACAAUUAUUGAAAGUCUCCUUAAUGCAAUUUCCAGGAUUAAUGUUUCAGUAUCUUCUUUAAAUCUCUACAUAAAAUACCCAAUUGAUGCCGUCAUAAACUAUCUCGACGUUCAAUUUCGCCAGCAGACUGGUCCAAAACGGAAGACGAAGAUUAUUUGUAGUGGGAUGGAAUUUUUGAUGGGCCAGGUGCACUUUUUGCCUGUUGACGAGGUCAGAGUAAUCAAUGACUUGAUAACUAAUUAUGAAGAAGGACGAAUGAUGUUGGCUGGAAAGAAAUAUAAUGUCUCACCAAGCGGUCAUUAUGCAGAAAUCGGGGAGACUGCAUUCUGGAAGCCAACUUUGCUGAAUUGUAAUCUAGGAGCUCUUAUUGCGGUAGGUUUCAGCAUGGGAAUCAUUUGGAAAAUCAACACAGAAAUGGAGUGUUACUGUAUCCCUGGUCUCGAUGUUCCAGAGUACCAAGAAUAUUGUGCCAGAUUUGAAGGCCAAAUCACCGAAUACCGUAACACACGGGUUCUUCAUAUUCCGGUUCCGGAGACAACCCGUAAAUUAUUUGUGUUGAUUAAUAAGUGUGGUGUAGUGAUUCAGAAAGCAAACAUUGAUGAUGUUGUGCACAUUCCAAAGGAAAAAUGCAUACUGGACUGGACGUGCUCAACAUGUGAUAAAACCAUUGAAAGUUGGUAUUUCAGAAGCACCUUGGGAAUGAAUGAAUAAUUAUUUACUACUAUAAGAAGUGAAUAAAUAAUUUAUUU